CACAAAUUCCCAAACUAAUCUAGUUGGUCCCAGACAUUUUGUUUUAAACGACAAAAUUACCCAAGAAAAAUGAGAGCGUUAACAACACUGGUUCUUUUUGCAAUACUCCACUGUGCUUUAUCAAAAAACAACGUGAAAUCUCUCACGGAGUCUUUGGGACAAGAGGUUAUAGAAAUAGGAGCACCUAUUAAAGAUCUCCCUCAAGAUCUGGAAGAGGAGCCGUCAGCGGAGAAUGAUGAGGACUACAAGUCUACAGCUACCGUCCAGCCGGCUGCCACUAAGAAAGACAUUAAAAAGACCACUUUGACAACUGUGGACACUCGUAGGAAAGGUGUCCAGGACAAAACCACGAAACCUGAUGAUGAAGAGGCCAGAAUCGAGAAGGAGCUCGCCGAGAUAUACAAGGACAACUUAGAUUAUAAAUCUGACAGCUCUGAGGUGGUUAAAGAUGCGACCACCAUAAAGAAUCAAAAUCUACUUGAAGAAGAUGCUAAGCCCGUAGCACGAUCGAAAGUCAACUUCAAGUUCCAGCCGGAUAUGACCAACAACAAAGAGAUAGAAAAGUUCAGGACCUCGAUAGACGAGAUCAGCUGCGACAAGAGGACCAAACUGAGCGCUACGGUAUUAUCACAUUCUUCUUUAAGAUCAUACGAAAGGCUCUAUAGUCUGGUCUGCGAGCACGUAGAAUGA